CUCAGACGUCACCUUUCAAGAUAAUGUCAUAUUUCUCUAACACUUCAGAAUAAGCUUGGCUGUACAGAACCAGAACAAUGAUCCGCACUGGAAUUCUUUGGAUUUUCUGGACGUUCUCACUGCAAUCUAAAGCCGAUUCACAUGCUUUCACAAUUCAGCAUACCUGUGAUACAGAUUACUGGCAUACAAUCACCUGCUCUAUCCAACUACCAGUCACAUCCUCCGGAAAUAAAAACAUAUCAUACUGGCUGAAUUUGCUGAACGAUGAAAACCAGAUAUUUACAUGCCCACUUCAGAUAGAACAUGAAGUUUACCGCUGUGUUUUAGAUAGAGGAGAUACAUUCACGGAUUGGGAAAAUUUUACUGUUAAACUUUACCAUUCGGAAAAUAGCCAGAAUGAUUCAUAUUUGUUGGAUUCUUCUUUCAUUCCAGCUAAAAGUAUUAAACCAAAUGCCCCAUAUAAUCUGACAUUACAGUAUAUAAAUGGAAUCCAUCAUUUCAGUUGGGAAAAUGGAUAUGAAAAUCACACAUACCAAAAAGCUCUUCUGUUUAUAUAUAACUUCCUGUACUACAAGGAUGGGCAUCAUGGCAAUCAGACCAGUGUUCACCCAGAUAAUAAAACAAUUGAGAUUGAUGAAACACGUUUUGAACCUGAGUCUAAGUACACUGCUAUGGUACGGACUAGGAUAAUGGAAAGUAAUACGUAUAAUGGAAAAUGGAGUGAAUGGAGCGUUGCGACUAAAUGGACGACAAAACAUAGAGAUAAACCCAACCAGUCAACGAUAAGACAAAUCAACGGCAUGAUUGCUGUUGGAACAUUUGUGAUGCUCGGGCUUAUUAUUCUGCUUUUAUCUGUUCCUGCUGCAAGAAUGAAGAUAAAAGAAAUUGUGUGGGUGCCAACACCAGCAACAUACUUUCAGCCCUUGUACACACAUUACCAAGGCAAUUUUCAGGGAUGGGUUUUGGCAAAAAGUCCUUUGCAAGAUGUUCAUGUUCCAGAAGAAUGUUCAACAAUUGACAAGAUCGCAGAGGUCAUAACAAUGUUGCAGGAUCAGGCAGGGAAGUCAAACGUGUAUCCCCCGGAGCAAUGCCAUACACCUUAUGUGGGUCCCUCAACUGAGCUCUGGGCCCCAUGCCAAACGUUCGAUACGUGCAGCGAGACAAGUAUCCCGUGUGAGGAUUUUUCUUUGUUCUGUGAAGCAUUGCCUGAUGAAGUGGACAACCUCAUGCAGAGCCUAAACACAGCAUGCUUCACCGAAGAUGAACUCUCCUUGAAAGCUUCUAGUCUCAAGAGUCUUGAGAGCCUUGGGAAUGGUGAGCCGUCUGAAGCACCAGUCAUUAUUACUCCCACAUCUGUGUGCUUCAAGCAGGAUUACUGCACUCUCACGGACACUCCCACAGGCCCUGUCCCCACCUUCACCAGAGAUGUAGAGCUGAAUGGAGACCUGUCCAAUGAUUAAGCUCAUACUCAGUAGAGGAUAUUUCCGUUUAAAUGGUAUGGACGAUAGACAUCUGUACAUAAGCUGUACAUCCGUGCACUGCUUUAAUUGUUUUUCCUACAAAUGUUAUUGACAGAGUGUUGUUUAUUUUUUCUCGUGGGAUUUGUAUAUCCCAAGAAGUGGAGAAAUGUUGGUUGUAUAUAAAAAAGCACCUAGCAGUGCAAUACUUUUCAAACUGUGGCCAUCUGCUCCUUGAUGGACAGUAGAGGAACUGCUGGGUGGACAUGGCCUAGGUAGGAUAAAUAAUAUUCAAAUAUUCAAAUUUCUGUUACACUCUUUGCUGUCAGUUGUAAAUAGUAUGCAGUGUCCUUCACCAAAAUAGAAUUUGCACAUUUUUGGUGCACUUAACAUGAAACUAUUAUGAACUGCUGAUACAUGGUGAUCAUUUUGGGUAAAGAUGCAGUCUUCUUUUAAUCUAAAUUAUAUUAUUCAUAUUUUACCACCAAAAAAUGGCGGAUUGGAGCUCUUGGUGUGUUUUGGGGGGUCUUAAAGUCAUUGCACAUUGAGUCCGAAAUUUGCGUCCAAGAUUUCCGCAGGUUAAAAAAUAAAUACGACCUCACGUUUUGUCAAUCACAUUUACACACUGCCUGCGAUAUUUUCGUCCGUCAUGAAAAGAAUCGGACGGGGUUCGAUUUUCUGCGUUUUUCGCAUCCGUAGCAAGCAUUUUGAGAUGCGUUUUCACAAUCCAGACUCCGUACAAACAAGCGCCAAAUACGAAAAAACGCAUACGAAAAUUUCGGACUGUAUGUGCAAAGACCUUUAACCUUCAAAAGUUCGUGAAGUAAUUUAAAUACGAUUUUCAUAAACUAGGCUUAUUUAAACCAUGCGUCAUGCUUCAGCCAUGUUAAAUAUUGUGUGCAUCUUGUGUUCCAAUCAUGUUUAAUUGCAUCUUAGAUUGAAGGUGUCCUGAACUGGGCUUGUUUAUUAUGUUGGCUUGACAGAGUCAACAUACUGAUCUUGUAUCUAAGCUUAUUAUUAUUCUUCUGAUCAGGCCCGGAUUAAGAAUUCAGAGGCCCCUGGGCACAAGUGUUUUAUGGACCCCCCCACAUACACAUGCACACAAUAAAGUUUUUAAUUAGCCUACCAUGCGUAUAAACACCUCUAUCUUUUACAGGAUUGACACGUUACAAACUAUGAUCACAACCUGAAGGACUAUAUCAACACCUGUACACAUCCUCCAUCAUACAGGAUUUACACCUCAUGAUUGCAACAAUGCUUUUCUGGACCAGCAACAACAAUAUUAAGACAUUUCCCAGCAUACUGUAACUCACUGGCAUAUGCAAGCAGCACACACUACCACACCUCUACCGAAUCAGUUCUAUCAGAUUCUUCCAUAAUUCACACACAAACAUGCAGGACAUGCAAACCUGUUCUUAAGAGAAAAUAUAAGAACUUUCUUAAGAUAAAUUACAGAAGGUUUUUAAGAAUAUUCUUAAGUGCAAUUUUCAAAUAUUUUCUUCUUUAUUUUUCUAAGAAUAAAUGGGCAGUCUUUGUCAAUGAUUGUACUUCAAGAGUAAUUUGUCUAUUUGUUAAACUUUAUUUGUAUAACAAGCACCUUGCGACUCACGUUCUUAUUUAAGAUGUAAUGUGUUACAGUAAACGGCAUUAACAAGUAUUAUAAGUAUAAUUCUUUAGCCUAUAUAUUACGACAUCAGUGUGCGUAUGUCAACAUUUUGCAAUGUAUGUAAAAGCACUGUGGAUUAUCUAAUAAUGAAGGCUUAAUAUUGGUAAAGUAGGGCAGUUACUGAUCAACAUUAUAUCAAUAUAAAAUAAUUCAUAAUUGGCAAGGAAGCACCACCAAAUAAAUGUAAAAAACGCUUACCUUUUAAGAUUUAAGACAGCCCGCGAGGGUAUAUCAACUCAUGUUUACAACAAUAAAUCCGUUCUCAUUGACAUACUGUGUUUUCAGUU